AUGGCAUCUCCAUCUCGCCGUCGCAUAGACAGUCAUCGUGCUUCCAUCAGCCGCCCUGGCUCCACGUACGCCAGGAAACGAGCCAUCAAAGCAUGCCAGGUAUGUCGCGCGCGGAGAACAAAAUGCGACCAGCAACGGCCGGCCUGUUCAUUCUGCGUAAAGGCCGGUGUGGAGUGUGUUUUCGAACCAGACACCAAUGUGACAUUCGAUCAAGCGAGCCUUGCCAUCAUAGACCGGCUCGACCGACUUGAGCGUAAGAUAGACAACCAGUCGAGGCCCCAGCCAGCUUUCCUUGGGACCCAGUAUGAUGACAGUAUUCCUGAGACCAGCGACGACUUAUCGCCCGAGCCAAGUGUUACUCACAAACCUCUUUUCCCUACUACGAUCGACAAAGUCGUCCAAUGGAGUGUCUUCAGAGACGUCCAGUUACCAACCCUUGCAUCCCAUACACGCCAAUCCCCUGGGUCACAGUCAGAAUGCAGUAAUGCGCAGAGACCAUGGGUGGAUGAAAUUACCGACCGGGUAUCAUGUGAGCGAUGGCUUAGCAGCUUCUUUGCCCAUAUUCACGUCAAAAACCCAAUCUUAGACGAGGGAGAAACACGAAGGCUCGUCUCCAGGUUAUGUGCACAGGGACUUGACUGGAGCAUCGAAUCCGGUCUGGCGCUUCUGGUUUGCGCCAACGGAGCCAUUGCCCGCCCACUCGGGGAGUCUCUCCCUAUAUCACACCCAGACCGACAAAUGGCGAUUUCUCUCCUCGACGCAGCGCAGAGAAGACUUGGUGGCGGCUUAGGUCCCGAGGGACUGAUACAUGCCCAGUGCGCCUUUCUAUCAGGCGUUCUUCUCAUGUCACUGAUACGACCUGUCGAGGCGUGGACAACAUUUGUACACGGUUUGGCGAUUUGCCAGACGCUUCCUUACGUCCGACAAAUCGACCAUGCUUCGGGCCAGACAAGUCCCCAGGAGACUUCAGAACAGAGUGUCUUGUGGUCGUGCUGGAAGUCUGAACAGGAGCUCAGGUUCGAACUGGGCAUGUCUAGCCCUGCUGGAGUAGCUGAUGACCCCCCCGAGCUAUUUCCCAAGCCUCCUGAUGGCUGCGAAGGUGAUGUUGAGCGAGCAUGGUAUUUUUACCUGUCCGAGAUAGCUCUCUGGAGAAUUGAGGUAAAUGCUCGAAGAUUAAUGGGCCAGCUCCAGCAUGGAAGACGGCGGUCGCUUUCAAGCGCUUUGAGAGAGAUUGGAAAAGAUACAUCACAUCAACUUGGGGCGUGGCAAGCCUCGCUACCACCGCUCGUCAGUAUCGAAGGUGAAUCAUCUCCUCAUGGAGGUGCCGAGGACGAUGUGAUCCGAUUUGUACUGCGCGGGCGCAUCACAUAUAUCCGCGAGCUUGUUUCCUGGCCGUUUAUGCAUGUUGCUCUUAAUGAACCAGUAGACCAGGAGUUGGACGAGCAUGAUACUUCUGCUGCACUGGCUUAUCACCACCAAAGGCUGCUAGUUAACGCACCGGGUUACUACCAUCGUCACCAUGGGACUUGGCUCAUGUUGCGAAGCUCAGCAAGAAGCGCAUGCAUACUGCUUGGGUUUGCACGCUUGCACCCUGGAUCUACCUUUUUGCCUUUAUGUUGGAAGGAUGUAGUCAUGGAUACCUUGAAAAUGAUCGAAUACUGGAGCCUUGAGGCGGACGGAAUGCUUUCGGUAUUACAAACAAUGAAAUGGCUUGUCCAAGUUGUGUAA